CCUCUCUCUUCCCCUCUUUCCGCUUCCCAUCUAUAUAAAGCAGCGGGGAGCUCCACCGGAGAGGGGCGGACAUUGGUGACCAUCAUUCUCCUCCUCUUCUCUUCUCUUCUCGUCGUCCGUCAGCUUCGUCUCCUUCCUCUCGACUCGGAAUCAAUCCGCGAUGGCCGGCGGGGGUGCUGUCAGGUUGGAUCUGGAUGGGCAGGCCAUCCAGCCCCUGACGAUCUGCAUGGUGGGUGCGGGCGGGUUCAUCGGCUCCCACCUAUGCGAGAAGCUGAUGGCCGAGACCUCCCACCGAGUCCUCGCCGUCGAUGUCUACAAUGACAAGAUCAAGCACCUCCUCGGAUCCGAUCUCCCCUGGUCCGGCCGCAUCGAGUUCCACAGGCUCAACAUCAAGCACGACUCCAGGCUCGAGGGCCUUAUCAAGAUGGCAGAUCUGACGAUCAAUCUCGCGGCGAUAUGCACGCCGGCGGACUACAAUACUCGCCCUCUUGAUACCAUUUACAGCAAUUUCAUCGACGCGCUUCCAGUGGUCAAGAUCUGUUCAGAAAAUAACAAGCGUCUGAUUCAUUUCUCUACAUGUGAAGUUUAUGGCAAAACCGCCGGCAGCUUUCUUCCCCAGGGUCAUCCUCUGAGAAAUGAUGCUGACUUUUAUGUCCUCAAAGAAGACGCAUCCCCCUGCAUCUUUGGUCCCAUUGAGAAACAACGGUGGUCUUAUGCUUGUGCCAAACAACUAAUUGAAAGGCUUAUAUAUGCGGAGGGAGCAGAAAACGGCCUUGAGUUCACCAUUGUUAGGCCUUUCAACUGGAUUGGACCAAGGAUGGAUUUCAUUCCUGGCAUUGAUGGUCCAAGUGAGGGUGUUCCUAGGGUUCUUGCUUGUUUCAGUAAUAAUCUCCUUCGUCGUGAGCCUCUGAAGCUUGUAGAUGGGGGGCAAUCCCAGCGAACCUUUGUGUACAUCAAGGAUGCUAUUGAAGCAGUCCUUUUGAUGAUCGAGAACCCAGCCCGAGCAAAUGGCCAGAUUUUCAACGUGGGCAAUCCAAAUAAUGAAGUUACUGUGAAACAACUAGCUGAAAUAAUGACAGAGGUGUAUUCAAAGGUGACAGGGGAAGCUCCAUUGGAGGUGCCGACCAUUGAUGUAAGCUCAAAAGAGUUUUAUGGUGAAGGGUACGAUGACAGUGAUAGGCGCAUUCCAGAUAUGACCAUAAUCAAUAGACAGCUUGGUUGGAACCCCAAGACAUCUUUAUGGGACCUUCUGGACUCGACGCUCACUUAUCAGCAUAAGACUUACUCACAAGCUGUCAAGCUGGCAAUGGCAAAUCCUGUAGCUUCCAGCUAAAAACUGGCUUGUCCGUGCACAGUCCUUUGGAUCCACAAACGAAGAUCUUCGUUUGUUGAAGGCGCACGUCGUGGAAGUCUAUACGUUGAGGGAAGCUUCCCAAUAGAGUAGAGUCUUGGUUCCUAGCAUGUUUAGAGUAUAACUUUAGAUCAAUGUAUUUUAAUAAACUUGGUAGUCUUGGAAAGGCGUCACUAAGCUAAAGACUGGUUGUCUCAAUGCCUUCUACAUCAUGUGUACGUUCUAUUCUUUUUCCUCCUUGUGGUAAAGGAAUUUCAUUCCCAUUUGAAUGUAUGUCAUGUCUGAGGCUCAACUCAUAGCCUGCGGAUUUGGUUUCAGAAAUUUGGUCUUUUUGCUGUAUUGAGUUUGUUCGAACUUUGGAUAUGUUCUGAUUAUCUGAAUCGAAAAUUUGACAUUACUUAAA